GUUGUGCUGUGGAUGGUCAUCCAACCCCGAACAUCACUUGGUUUUACUCUGGUGAGCCUCUCAGUCUGCAGCAUCAUCUCUUGGCAGCGGGACGGAUUCUUCAGAUACUCAAUGUCAGUGAUGCUCCUGAUGGUGAAUUCAGCUGCCUUGCUCAGAACGAGGCUGGCUCGCUUACACAAAAAGCAUCCCUGACUAUACAAGAAUACCAGUGGUCAGCGGACAAACUGAUGGCUUGUUCAGCUUCCUGCGGCCACAAAGGGGUGCAGCUGCCCCAGCUGAGGUGCUUACUGGAUGGGGCCGAAGUCAACAUAACCCACUGCAAAGAGAAGCCCAAGCCAGCCCUGCAGCCCAUGGCCUGCAACAGGAGAGACUGCCCUUCACGAUGGAUGGUAACAUCAUGGUCUCCUUGCACACAAAGCUGUGGUGGAGGCAUCCAGAUGAGGCGAGUGACUUGUCAGCGCCUGACAGCAAAAGGCAGCUCUGUCCCAGUGUCGAAUGAGGCUUGUGCCCAGGUCUCCAAGCGCCCCGUGGACACACAGAACUGUAAUAGGCAGCCCUGUGUUGAGUGGGUGGUCUCCUCCUGGGGCCAGUGUAACGGGCCUUGCAUUGGACCACGACUGGCUGUACAGCACAGGCAGAUAUUUUGCCAAACCAAAGAUGGGACUUCUGUGUCAUCUGAUCAAUGUAGUGCCUUACCAAGGCCGUUGAGCACCCAGAACUGCUGGACCGAUGUCUGCGGCGUGCACUGGAGAGUCAGCCUGUGGACCGUCUGCACGGCUACAUGUGGAAACUACGGCUUCCAGUCCCGGCGUGUGGACUGCGUCCAUGUCCGCACCAACAAGCCUGUGCUGGAGCAUCACUGCUCCUGGAGGCCGCGGCCAGCGAACUGGCAGCGCUGCAACAUCACACCCUGUGAAAACGUGGAGUGCAGAGACACCACAAGGUACUGUGAGAAAGUGAAGCAGCUCAAACUCUGCCAGCUCACCCAGUUCAAGUCACGAUGCUGUGGGACUUGUGGAAAAGCUUGAAGACAAAAGCAGUGAAAACGGAGGAACAAGGGGAUUGCAGCCUUUGAUUCACUAAGGCAAGGACUUUUACAGAAAAUAUAAAUGGAAUGGAAUUCUUUUUUUCAUUUUAUUUAUUUAUUUCCCUUUCAAA